CCACCAUAACACGGAAGUAGUCGACAGUUGGGGGGCGCACGAGAGGCGCAGACGCGGGGACACGGGCCGAAAAAACGACAGGAGCGAAAGAAAACAGCCGGAAGGAGAAGCAGAAGGAGACGAGUCCGGAGCGCAGGUGCACGCAGGUACGCGCAGGUGGACGCGGGAGCGAGCAUCAUGGCGCUGAUCCCCUCGCAGGUGCUGCGGGUCGCCAUCCUGCUGUCCUACUUCUCCAUCCUCUGCCACUACAAGGCGCUGGACAUGCCGGCGCACCACACCUACGGGGGCAGCUGGAAGUUCCUGACCUUCAUCGACCUGGUGAUCCAGGCGGUGUUCUUCGGGCUGUGCGUCCUCAUCGACGUCUCCUGCCUGCUGACCAAAGGGGGCGACAGCAGGGAGCAGGAGCGCCAGCUGAGGAAGCUGAUUGGCCUGCGGGACUGGAUGAUGGCCGUGCUGGCCUUCCCCAUCGGAGCGUUUGUGGUGUUCACCUUCUGGAGCCUCUACCUGUUCGACAGAGAGCUGGUUUACCCCCGGCUGCUGGACAACUUCAUCCCUCAGUGGCUGAACCACGGCAUGCACACCACCGUUCUGCCCUUCAUCAUCAUCGAGAUGCGGACCACCAACCACCGGUACCCCAGCAGGUCGUGGGGUCUGGCGGCCGUGUGCUUCUUCGGCGCGGGAUACGUCCUCUGGACGUGCUGGGUGCACCAGGUGACGGGGGUGUGGGUGUACCCGGUGCUGGAGCGCUUCACCCCGCUGGCCCGAGGCGUCUUCUUCAGCGCCAUGAUGGCGGUGAUUUGUGUGAUCUACACACUGGGAGACAUCCUCAACAGCUACAUCUGGGACCAGCAACACACAGCAAAGGUCAAAGGUGAGUGACCCUAACCCGACUGUGCGGCGUGGGAGUCGGCCUCGCUGGGACGGGAGAGGACGCGUCGUGCCCCGCCCACCCAGGACAGCCCAAGAAAGAAAAACAAGCGACCCUCUCUGGAAGUGGGAGAAUAACAGGGCUGACCUCUGAACUGUACAACAACAACAACAACAACAAAUUGAAUAAAGAAUCAGCAGUAAAAUGUAAAUAUAGAAGGAAACUUGUAACUGUCUUUGUUAUGUGGAGGACACACACACACACACACACACACACACACACAUCGACAUCACACCUAAACACUAUGUUGAAUUACUUAUGAAAGUGAACCAUCUGGAGAUCCAUAACGUGUUGAAGACCAUUAAAAUCAUCUCAUACAAAUGAAUAAAGCUUGAGUGGAAAAGUC